AUGAAGGGGGCUGGCUUCCAACGUGAACCCGAAUGGAAUGAGCGUGAUGAGCGCUCAUCAAAUGCACAGAAUGAAACCUUUUCCCCCAGCAGGGCUCCCCAAACUGAUUUUCACAAUUCAACGGUUUCAUUUGACCCACUGGGUGGCCAUGCGAUCUGGCAGGUCAUUGUCAUCGUGUUCCUGACGGGAUCUUUGUCACUGGUCACCGUCACUGGCAACAUCUUGGUGCUAGUGUCAUUCAAAAUUAACAAAGCGCUGAAGACGGUGAACAAUUACUACCUGCUCAGUCUGGCUUUUGCUGAUCUCACCAUUGGCACCCUUUCUAUGAACCUAUACACCACUUACAUCAUCAUGGACACUUGGGCUCUGGGGAACUGGGCGUGUGAUCUAUGGCUGGCUAUUGACUAUGUGGCCAGUAAUGCUUCAGUCAUGAAUCUUCUCGUCAUCAGUUUUGACAGAUAUUUCUCCGUCACUCAACCCUUGACGUACAGAGCUAAAAGAACCACCAAGCGCGCCGUGACCAUGAUUUGCUCAGCUUGGAGCAUCUCCUUUGUGCUCUGGGCCCCUGCCAUCCUCUUCUGGCAGUUCAUCGUCGGGGAGCGCACCGUGCCACCUGGCGAGUGCUACAUCCAGUUCCUGACUGAGCCCAUCAUUACCUUCUGCACAGCUAUCGCGGCGUUCUACCUGCCCGUCACCAUCAUGGCAUUUCUCUUCUGGAAGAUCUUCCAGGAAACAGAGAAUCGUUCCAAAGACCUUGCUGGUCUAAAGGGGUCCGGAAACCAAAGCAAAGCCUCAAAGCCUUCAAAGCCUAACGAAACCACUAAGACAAACAGCAGCGCUGAUGGGCCAGAGAACAACAGUUUUGAUGAAAAUGGCGGUAAUAACAUUGUUAACCUAUCGCAGUCAGAUGGCGAGAACACUACAGAACAGCAGCCUAGCAAAAUUCAUGCUGCCAUGGCUAAGCGCUUUGCCCACAAAGCCAAGAUGUCCCUCAGCAAGCGCAAGAGUCAGUCGGUCGUGAAAGAGAAGAAAGCAGCUCAAACCCUGAGUGCAAUUUUGCUGGCUUUCAUGAUGACAUGGACGCCGUAUAACAUAAUGGUGCUGGUGAACACGUUCUGCACUGAUUGCAUUCCUGAGACGCUGUGGGCUCUGGGCUACUGGUUGUGUUACGUGAACAGCACCAUCAAUCCCAUGUGCUAUGCCCUCUGCAACAAAAACUUUCGUGACACUUUCAAGAUGAUCCUACUCUGUCAGUGGAAAGCACAGAAGGCCAAGCCACAGUUUCAUCCAAAGCAGAGGCAAGUGCCACCCGGUCGUAAAAAAGAGCCUCCUUAGGAUGUACUGUAUACCUAUACACUGUAAAACAUUGCA